AUGGAGGAAAGCAAAGAAGAUGGAAGAAAAUUUUCAGAGAUUGUCCUAUGCACGGUUACAGCAAUAAUGAUAAUCUUCUCACUCGUGGGAAACUUCCUUGUUUGUCUCGCAUUCUACCGAAACAGAAGGCUACGAAGUAUCACCAAUUUUUACGUCUUGUCUUUAGCGAUAGCUGAUAUAACAUUUGCAAUUUUUGUCUCCCCGUUUAAUGUGAUAGCCAUAGGAUACCGCAGAUGGCCAUUUGAUUUUAAUUUCUGCCAAUUUAAUGGAUUUCUUUCCGCGUACUGGACUGAGGUCUCAAUCUUUAUCCUGACAAUGACAUCGAUCAAUCGUUAUGUCUGUGUCGUUAAGCUUCGGUUAUACCUCGUCUUCUUUUCUAAAAGGAAAACUGUUCUGUCAAUUCUUUUUAUUUUUAUUGUCAUGUUUAUCUCUUCGCUCACUUUUGUAAUAAUCACUCCCGUUAUAUACCGAUGGGACCCACAAGGACUGCACUGUCGAGGAACAUACUUGAAACGUACUCGCACUACAAAGACCACUUUGGCCGGUCUUGUUCUUCUGUCAUUGCUUUUGAUUGUAUUUUGUUACGGUAGUGUCCAUCGAGUUGUCAGUCAUCACCACAAGGCCCUUCAACCCUCUCUUCAUUUAACAAGCAAUCGUGGAACAAUAACUGCCCAAGAAAUUAAGACAUGUCGACUACUUUUUGCCGCUGUGGCCGUGAGGGUUUUGUAUCGGUUGGACCCCAAGUGUGAUCGCUGCAAUUCUUGA